UGAUAUGACCACCUCCUUGGUCCUGAAUCCUCGCUGGGCGGACACGGUAAUGUUUGUAUACGAAAACAACUUGGAUGAGCUCAACAAAAAUAUGGAGGGUCUGGUUGGUACCGGAAAUUUCUCUGCCAGCCAAUGCAGAAAUCUGAUGGCCCAUUCCGCUUUAGGGGGUCAUCCGUCCAGCCUCGUGCACAGCUACACCGCCGGGGAUGUAUCUGGCUCGGGAUCAGGGGAAGCGGGAAAGCAGUGCGCCCCGUGCCCUACGGUUCCUCAAAGUUCGUCCACGACUCCUCUGCCAUAUGGGUAUUUUGGCAACAGCUAUUAUCCUUGCAGAAUGGGGAGGGGCUCGCUGAAGUCUUGCACACAGCCUAGCCCCCUCAGCUAUCCAGCCGAGAAAUACAUGGACACCCCUGUCACUUCCGAAGAGUACUCCAACAGGACCAAAGAAUUCGCGUUUUACCACGGCUAUCCCAGCCCUUACCAGCCCGUGGCGAGCUACCUGGACGUUUCUGUGGUGCAGACUCUCGGGACGGGAGAACCCAGGCACGAGACACUGCUGCCAAUGGACAGCUAUCAGCCCUGGGCGUUGACGAACGGAUGGGGCAGCCAAAUGUACUGCGCUAAAGACCCGAGCCAGAGUGGAAACCUGUGGAAAUCGGCAUUAGUAGACGUCGUGGCUCACCAGCACGAUGGCGGCUCCUUCCGCCGCGGUAGGAAGAAAAGGAUACCGUACACCAAGGUGCAGUUAAAAGAACUGGAGAAGGAGUACACCGCCAACAAGUUCAUCACGAAAGACAAGAGGCGGAAGAUCUCAGCCGUAACCAACCUGUCCGAAAGACAGAUAACAAUCUGGUUUCAGAACAGGAGAGUGAAGGAAAAAAAGCUCAGCGCUAAAGUGAAGAAUAUUGCUCCUCAGCUUGGUUAACCAAAGCCAGGCGGAACUCGAGACUUGCAUUGUCUUAUUAAAGAAAGAAAAAGGAAUGGAUUUGGGACUGAGCUUGUAUGUGCCACAUCGGCUGCAGAAUUACAUCGCAGUCGCCUCCGGGUGAAGAGGACGCAAACACGAAGAAACGAACCCUAGAGCUGACUGCACGUGAAUGGUCUGUAAAUACAACAAGCAUGCAGAGAACAUCUGCUUCGCAACAUAACUUCUGCUUUCAAGCAUUUUAAUCCGCUACCUAGUAACCUAGUAACGUUAGACGUGCCAUUGUUAUCUUUGCUUGUAGAAUAGAGUAUUGCAUCGUGUAUCGAUUAUAAUCCAGGUCCUGUACCGUUUUGAAUAGGCAUGCAAAUUUUAAUUCAGUAGGUCUACUAUUAAGCAAUUCAAUCAUAUGUUAAAGCAUACAUUACAUUUAGAAAAUUUGUUACAAUAUAUUGAACAUAGGUACCUAAUGUUCUGCCAUUAAUGUACCAAUGACACCAAAAGAAAAAGAAAGUUGACAUUAAAAAAAGAUAUACAUAUACGUUUUAUUGGGCAGAAAAGUACGUAAUAAUUGUAUGCAAAUUCCUAAGCUGUGAUUGUGUAUCUCGCUUAUGUGAUGUGUAUGAUAUCUUAUAUGCAGACGUAUCCUUGCAUGCGCGUGCUUGUAUAUGUGUGUGAGAACCCGUGUGUGUACAAGUAAACAUUUCAAUUUUAAAUGACAGUUUUAUUGCUUCACGUCAUAUUUUUUCGGAAUAUUUAAGGGCUUAAUAAUUUUACGGAGAAUGCUAUAAUUA